CAUAAUUUGACAUUUCCUGUUUACGUAUCUACUAUCUACGAGUUGAUCUAUAUUAAUUUCUGUUUUCUACUUUGUUUUAUAUAAAGAAAUAUAGUAAUUAUAAAUUAUUUGGAUUUAAUAUUAAAUAAUUAUGCUAUAUUGAACAUUUAUAAUUCAUUGUACAAAACCUUGACUGUGCCCAUGUUUUACUAAUGGUUCAAUAGGUUUUAUAUCACUAAAAAUUGUGGGUUUAUUGAAAAACUAUCAUAAUAUUGAUAAUUUAUAUCAAAUUAAUAUUGCAAUAAGUUAUCCUGAUAUAGUUAAGGUUCGUUUGUUGCUUUUACGGAUGGAGGCAAAAUUGAAAGAGUACCGUGCUCUACGACGCCGCAAAGAGUUGAUUGAUAACGCCAAGGAUAAACUGGAGAGAUCUAAAGAAAAAAUUGUAAACUUUUUAGUGCCUAAAAUAUUUACAAACAUGGAUAAGGAAAAGAAAGAGGAUGAAGUUGUUUUGAUGGAAAAUGAAGAACCACCAACACCAGAAUUAAUUAUCCAACCUGAAGAUCCUGGUGUGAGUGAAGAAAUUACUUCAGAAGUUAGCGAAUUGGAAUCCUUUGAAGAGGAGAAACAGGAAUCGUGGCGAUACUUUACCAUAAAGUGGUCUAUUUACAGUCUUACCUGGCUAACGUUGUAUAUAUUUUUCUUAAAAAUACAAUUUGGUGCUGUAUUUUUUGUCCUAUCUGUGUUAUUUGGUAUAUAUUUCAAUACAAGAACACGACCAAAGAAAAAAGGGGAAGUGUCAGCAUACAGUGUAUUUAAUGAGAAUUGUGUUAGUAUAGAUGGUACCUUAAAAGCUGAACAAUUUGAAAAAGAAAUCAUGUACGGAGCGGGCGGUGUAAAUAUAUUCAGAUGAAGGCUGUUUUACAAGUAGGUACUUAAUAAAGACAGAGGGUUAUAUCUGGAAAUGAGAUAUAUAUUAUUUUUCCAAAUUCAACAUAUAGAUACAGAAUUCAUGCCGGUCAAUAUUUUUAAAGUAUGUAUAUAUCAACGCAUUGACAGUAUGAUAUGUAAAAAUGUGACAAUGACCUUGUUAAUGUUUACUUACUGCCUCACCUACCAAUGGUUGAAGGUUUGAUUACUGCACAAUACAAACAUUUGUAUUCAUAAGUAUAUCUGUAUUGGAGUUUAUCUUAGUUUGAGACUAUAUGAUGCCAUAAAAUAUGUUCCAUGAUAUAUAUUAUUGAAAAAAAAAAGUCUCCACAAGGCAAACAUAGGUUAAAUGUGCUCUUAUUAGAAAAAUGUCUUCAGUAUAAUUUCUAUCUGUAUAGUCCUGCUUCUUUCUAUAUAUAAAAAUGUAUUAUCUGUGGUAUGGGUGUAAUGUAGUCUUCUCUCUAUUUCAUUGUGAUUUUUUACAACAAAUUCUAUAUUUGUGGAAAAUUGCUUAUUCUAUAUUGCUUAUUAUAAAUUUAAUAGUAGUAAUAAAAAUGUAAAAGUGACAAUUUUCAUAGUGGUUUGUCAAUCAGUGUUAAAGUCUCAAACAGAUAUACCAACAUACAUCUUCUUACCCAUAUUUAUUAGGGUAUUUAAAAUUAUUUUUUAGAAAGCCUGGCUCCUAUAAAUAGGUGGAUAUGUGCUUUCCACAGAUCUUUGUUCAUAGCUAAAAGCUCUACUCGCAUUCUGAGUAAGCAUUAGCCAAAUCUGAAGUGAGCACCUCACCUAGUUCCCCCUAAAAUACGCCUGUCCAUACUUCGAGUAUGGAUAUAGAUAAUAAUUAAUGAAAUAAAAAAGGCACAGACUAAUACUGGCAUGUUAUAUUAUAUUUAAAUAUAAUUACCAUAGAUAUAUAAUAUCUAUGGAUAUCUACUAUUAUUUCUAGUAUGGCAAUAGAUGAGAUUUGUAAUUGAUUGAUCAGUGAUUUCAUAUUAACUUGUGACAUUAACGUUAGCACCUAAGUGUUUUCUAUAUAACUUUGUAUGACACAUAUAAAGUUAAAUAUUAUAUAAAUAUUAAUAUUAUGGUAAUAAUUAUAGCUAUAAAUGAAAAUAAAAGUCUGAAGUAAUAAA